AUGUCCUCCACCGACGCCGGAAAAGCAGAAACCCAAGACUCGACGACCGAAGCAUCGACUUCGACAACCUCCUCUCAAAUCAACGCCUACGUCCAACAAGCCAAAGGCACACUCUACAACGCAAGUGCCUCUCCACUGAAAAUGACGUAGGCUAGCAGCCGCACCUAACGCGCCCUCAGGCUCGUCACUGACCCCCCUUCCCCUCUACGAACAGACGAUCGGUUCGGUUUCCUCCGACCCAACAUGGAAAGAACAAGGUCAAGAUCUGCUCGACCAAGGCACUCAAGAACUUCAAGCGGCGCAACAACAAGCCAAGAGUGAAGCGGCGUACGAAAGCGUCGGCGGGAAAUUGCAGUCGUCAGUUCGGCGCGAUCACAGUUCAAGCUUUGGGAGUGGAAGAGGUUGCUCAUCACUGAUCCUUGAUUCGAUCAGCGCCUACGGUUUCAUUACGGGUGAUCAAAAGACCGCUUCGGAGGGGAACAAGAAAGCCGAAGCUGCCGAAUGGAAGGCUGCCCUCGCCGACGAUCAUGUGCCUCAAGUCUCCCUCGAGAGAGCAAAGGGCAAGGUCGAGAGGUUCGUUUCUGGGACACUGAUUAGAUGGGGAUCCUUAUGCUGAUUCAAUUUUCCCCGAAUUUAGUGCGGUCGGGAUGGUCACCGGCGAUAUCGAGAAACAGCAGCAGGCGAAUUUGAGGGCCGAAAAGGCCGCUUGGACCGGCAAAUGA